UCUCCUAAAUGUAAACUGAGUUAUUUGACAGUAAUAAAGUAAAAGUGUGUUUGUGUUAAUCAUCCGUCUCUUUAAGAGCCCAUCACAUGUUUGAUGAUGUCACAGGGGCGGCCCCAGGGUCAGGGGACUCUGUGAGGAGCCUCUAAGUUUAGAGUUUGAACUCAGUCACAGCAUCUGAGAGACCGACGGACAGACAAACACACACAGUGUCAACAUUUAAAGGGGAUCAAAAAAGUUCAUCAAAGUUGUCCUGAGACAAGAACAGGAUCAUGGCGUCAGCUGGUGAGAGCGCCGCUGGAACGGAUCAGCAGGUUCCAGAUCAAGAUGAAUCAGCUUCAGUCAGAGAUGUUCAGUCGCAUUACCUGCGCUGUUCAUCCCCAAGCUUCUCUAUGGCAUCAGACCGCUUCUCCAUGAUCUCUGGAUCAGACGCUGAAAGUAUCUUCAUGGAGCCCAUCCAUUUGUCUUCUGCCAUCGCUGCUAAAAAGAUCAUAAAUGAAGAGCUGAAGAGCAGAGACGUGAGGACGACACCGACACCGGACAGCAUGAUGGAAACGGCCGAGCAGCUGAUGGUGGAGGAUCUGUACAACCGAGUUAAAGACAUGAUCGAUGACCGCAGCCCUUACAACACACCGUGUGUACUGGACAUCCAGAGAGCUCUGCUUCAAGACCGUCUGGAAGCUCCACUAAACCAAGUGGAUGAAGUCUGGCCCAACAUCUACAUCGCAGAGAAGUCUGUGGCUAUAAACAAAGGCCGUCUGAAGCGACUCGGCAUCACUCAUAUUGUGAACGCAGCUCAUGGGACCGGAGUCUACACGGGAGAGAACUUCUAUCAGAACAUGAACAUCACUUAUAUGGGAAUCGAGGUGGACGAUUUCCCCGACGCUGACAUCUCACCAUACUUCCGCAGGUGUGCCGAGUUUCUGGAUGAGGCUUUGCUGACCCACAGAGGUAAAGUGCUCGUGGACUCGAUGAUGGGAGUGAGCCGCUCUGCUGUUCUCGUUGCUGCGUAUCUUAUGAUCUUCCAGAACAUGAGCAUCAUGGAGGCGCUGCUGGAGAUGAGGAAGAAACGGGCCAUCAACCCCAACGAAGGUUUUAUAAAGCAACUGCGUCAACUUAAUGAAACAUUGAUGGAGGAACGUGAUGAAGAGGAAGACGACACCCUCAGCCAGUGUUCUGUCAUCGACACCCGGGCUCUCCCAGACGAGGAUGAGAGCAUGUUUGGCGUUAAAGCCGACUCCAUCGUGGUAGAAGAGGAGGAAGACAGCGGGAGCAUCAUGAGUAGCAUUGCAUCAUCCGCAGCCGCCGCCGCAAUGAAAACAGGAAUUCUCUUCGGUCCAAGUAAACCUGAGGUGCAAGUGACCUCGGAGGAGCCCAAUUUGCCUGGAGAAGACAGAGAAGAUGAAGAUGUGGAUAGCAUGAUCAGGGAGUGGCAAAAGCGCAACGAGAAAUACCAGAACGAGGACUGGUGGGAGGCGCAGCUCGGGUGCGACGGCGGCGAGUCCUUAACCGGUGAAGGGAGGCGUCCGAUGCCACGACCGGAGGACCUGGAGAGCGUGACAAGUGAAGACGUGCGAAUGAUGAAGGAACAGAUCAGGCGUCGUCCACGCAGGGCCGCUUCAGAAUCGGGAUCUACGGCGAGCUGCAGCAGCUACUCCGAUCUGUGGAAGCAACGACUGAAGGAGAUCGAGGAGCAGGCGGCUGCACGAUAUCGACGUAAAGAGACGGACGAUGAUGUUAACGGUGAAGCAAGCCAGAAAAAAAUCGAUGACGACGUAGAGAGCAUAAUGUCAGACUCCAGCUCCAUGUACAACUUCUGUAAAAAGAACAAGGAUUUAACACCUCUCGAGAGGUGGAAGAUCAAACGAAUUCAAUUCGGGUGGAACAAAAAAGAGGGCGCAUCAGAGAAUGUGGAGGGUGCGUCGGAAGCGCCGGCGAUUUCUUUGGAGGACGUCAACUUAACAGCUUAUCAGACCUGGAAACUGAAACAGCAGAAGAAACACGGCGGCGAGGAGAACAAGGAUGAGAUCGUGCAGAUGAGUCGAGGCGAGGACGCUGCCACGAUCAAGAGGAGGCAGAGAAGAGCGGAGCUUCUGGAGCGCACCAGGAAAACGCUGGAGGAGAGCCAAUCGGUAUGCGGCUGGGAAACCGAGAGCGCUCUGAGCACGAGCAUCCCGCUGUCCGCCUUCUGCGCAGGUGCUUUUCCGUCUGCGAGUGUCGCGGGAGAUGAUAACGUUUCCGUGUUGAGCGGAAGAUCGUCCGUCCUCUCGGGUCAUAGCACACGAUCGCAGCCUUCUGUGCCUCAAGAGCCUCCGGCACCGCCUGCGACAGUGAUUGGUCCUAACGGGGAGCCGAUGGUCAACAUCGCAAACAUACAAAACUGGAUUGCCAAUGUUGUUAAUGAGACGCUCAUGCAGAAGCAAACUGAGAUGAUGAUGGGGACAAGUCUCGCCCCUUCCAGAGCCGGCUCGGUGUUCAGCCUGGGUGCCGGAUCAUCGGUCGGUCCAGGUCGUGGAGUAGACGAUGAUAAAGCCUCUGUGCUAAGCGGUGCGACGUCUUCCAGCGUGCUGUCACGCAGCAGAGCUGAGUCCGUUCUGCCGGCAGAUACGAGAGCUCGCUCUGUUGGGUCUGCUGCCAAUAGAGCCGAGUCCGUGAUUUCAUCUGGAGGAACGUCUAACAUCUCCUCGGUCUCUGGCUUAGGCUCUCGGAGAAGCAAGAUUACCACGACCAGCGUGCCAUUGUACAGCCUGUUCCAAGACCAGGUCAAUCUUCACAAACUGGACACUAUGGAGAAAGAAAUUAAGUCUGACAUAAGAGACAAGAUGUCGUCGUAUGAGGUGAAGAAAAUAGCAGAGGACAACAAGCGUAGCACGUUAUACAAGAAGAAAAAACAGAAGGAGGAGGAUGAAGAACACGAGGGUGAUCUCGAAAAGUCAAAUGGGCUCAAUGACAUGGAAGCCCGUUCAUGUGGGAAACCGAAACCCAAAAGGGAUUAUGGUCGUUCAGGAAUACUCAACCUGCCAGCUUCAGCGAGUAACCCAACGGGCAAUAUUGAUGAAUGGCUCAAAAACGUUAGGCCUCCUGGCAAACCAAAAACUUACGAAGGUGACGCAGAGCCCCGCAUGUCUCGUCCAUUAUACGAAGAGGUUGAGGAAUCCUCGGAGUUUGAUUUUCCAAGCCGCAGGAGCUCGAUCACAAUAGAUGAAGAUGAGGAGGAGAAAUACAGCCUUAGCACAAGAUUCACAUCCAGACAUCGAGCGGACGGUCACAUGGAUUUGUGUAGGGAUCCAAGUCCAGAGUUUAACUAUUCAUCUCGGAGGUCUCCUCCUUCCACUGAGUAUUCAUAUAAUGGUUUAGGUGAGACUACUAGUUAUAGAAACAGAAGAUCUCAUGCAGAUGAUGAGGAAAGGGUUAGUUACUUGGAUUACUCGACGAAACAAAAACAAACUCAUUCCUCGCUGCUGGAGAACACUGUGAGAAAAUCAAAAACAAGACAAGAUGAGGAUGAGGAUGAGGAAAUAUCGUCCUUCAUCGCUCAGAUUAAACAGAGAGCUCGUGCACGUGUGGCAGAAGAAAUGGAAGAUGAUGAAGUUGUUGUUGCGUGGAAAAAACAGGAGGAGUCACAUAAAUCCUAAUCACAGUCUGUGUGUUAAUGUGACUUUUGAGCAGUGAUCACUUCUGUGACUUCCAUUGUGUGAGCAGAGGAUGAAAAACACAAACACUAAACAUUAAGGGGCGGUUUUCUGGACAGAGCUUAUCCUAGUCCCAAAAGUGACAUCUUGUACUGACCUAUCUUAAAGGGAACAUAUGAUGAAAUCUGUCUUUUUCAUGUUAAAGUGCUAUAAUUGGGGCUCCAGUGCUUCUAUCAAUCUAGAAAAUUCAAAAAGAUCAAAUCAGUAAUUUAGUUUUGUUAAACCAUUCUCUGUAAGCAUGUGAAAAAAUAGCUUAUGGAAAUCUGGCUCUCCUUGUGAUGUCAGAAGGGGAUGUUGUUAUAAAUAAUACCGCUGCUUAAUCUGCACUAUCCAACCACGACACUGACAUUUAAGAGAGAGAGAGAGAGAGAAAAUAAUUGACAGCACAAUUGAGUUUCAAUUUCAACAAACCACAAUUAUGGUGUUCAGUGUUUGCAUUCUACAGCUCAUUUGCAUUUUAAAGGACACACCCAAAAACAUCAAAUUUUUCCUCUUACCUAUAAAGUGUCAAUUUUAACAUGUACUCUGGGAACACCAAAGAUUUAUUUGACAUCUUUAAAGUCUUAUGAAAUGUCCCCUUUAACAUAUAUCAGUAAACCACCUCUUCUUUAGCAUAACUUUGUUUGAAAUAAUGCACACUUAUAACAUAUAAGACCCCACGGGUCACAACGUUACUCACUGUAUCCUGAUCUCUAUGUGUGUUCUCUGACCUUUUACCACUGAGCUAUUGAAUUAAAUUCAUGUUGAUGAGUGACA